UGCUAUCAUCGCUGUGAAGUUAUUUUUAUGGGAAAUUUGAUGAAUUAAUUAAUGUUGUGAUAAAGAUUUAAAGAAAGAAUAGUUAAAUCACCGUGGAAGAGGCAGAGUGGUUGAAAAUGCUUAUUAAGUAAAAAUUUAUUUUUAUUACGCUUAUCAUGUAAACAAUAUGACUAAUUAAUAUAACAAAAAAUAUAAAAACAAAGUAAGAUUUGGAUAAGUACUAUAUUUAACGAUGUCGCCUCCAAAAGUCUGUGCUGUGUGUGGUGACAAAGCAUUAGGAUAUAAUUUCAAUGCCGUAACAUGUGAGAGCUGUAAGGCAUUUUUUCGACGUAAUGCCUUAGCCAAGAAGCAUUUCACGUGCCCGUUCAGCCAAAACUGUGAAAUAACCGUGGUGACAAGGCGAUUUUGUCAGAAAUGUCGUUUAAAAAAAUGUGUCGACAUAGGCAUGAAGAGCGAAAAUAUUAUGACUGAGGAAGAUAAACUUAUUAAGCGACGAAAAAUAGAAAGUAACCGUGAAAAGCGUCGUUUGAAUGAACAAAAACAUCACACAGAUGAAAAUAUUAAGGAAAUCGAAACAGAGAAGCCAGAACAGCAACAGCAGGCAGCCGACAGUAGUGGCAUUGAUGCAAAUACAUCUAUAGAUUCGCAAAGUUGUUGCUCAUUUGAUAGUGCAUCAGCAAAUAACAAUGUGCAAUGUGCGGCCAACAGCACGACAUCAUCAUCACCUACAAGUGUAAUAGCGCGAGAAGAAAUAAAUCCUGAGCUGAUGACUAGUGAAGAAAUGGUAGAGUUUAUAGUACGGGACCCCGACAGAGCAUCACAGGCUAUAAGUAAGUUUAUGCGCACACCCAAGGAGGCUAUGGUAACUAUGGAAAAAAUUAUUAAUUCGCAGAAAGAUGCACUAAAACUUAUACAACAUUUGAUAGCCUAUCCAGGUGAUGCAUUGAAAAUAAUAAGCAAACUAAUGAAUUCGCCACUUAAUGCGCUAAAUGUUUUUACAAAAUUUAUGAGCUCGCCUACGGAUGCUUUAGAAAUUAUAUCCAAAAUUGUUGAUUCACCACAAGACGUACUACAAUUUAUACGCAAUUUAAUGGAUUCACCAGAGGAUGCUUUACAUAUAAUGAAUAAGUUUAUGAACACACCAGCAGAAGCAUUGAAAAUGAUAAAUAAAAUCUUUAACGGUAGCAAUGCACCAGCAGCGAGUAGUGAAAAUAAAAACAACAAUAAUAAUAACAAUAACGACACACCGCCAGCAGUUGUUUUAGAAAAUACAUCACCAUUCCAUUUACCCAUAUCACCACAAUCGCAAGUUGAUUCACCCAUUACAGACAAUACACUGCUGAACAAAAUGUUAGACAGCAGCCCCAGUGAAAGAGAUUUAACAACACACACUCCGCCCUAUGAUACAACAAUACCACCACCACCUAUAGUUACUCCUUUUACACCAUCACCACAAGCCAUGUCGCUAACAUCACCAAUUUCUAUUACAACGAAUGAUUUGCAAUACAACUCGCCAUUAAGUUUACCGCAAGAAGAAUUUCCAAGCACUUCGACUACUUUGUUAACCAGUUCACCUGCCAAUAUUACACACGAGGCAGAAUUUGAUAGUCAACAUUUUGACUUUAAAAGUCUUAUGCAAAAUACUUUUGCUGAAAGCACUGGAUUCGGCGACAGUAUGAACUCAUUCGAAUCCGUACUAUCGGAGGUAAUACGAAUAGAGUAUUUAGCUUUAAAUAGCUCCCCACAGGAAAGAAUUAAGCAAGAACAAUAUGGUGCCCACCUUAUGUGUGGACAUCCGCACGACUUCGACGAUUCAAUGAUGGAGCCACAAAGAUUGCCACAGCAACAAAUAUCCUCGCCUUCAAACAUAAUUGUGGGGAGGGACUUAAAUGAGGCAGAACAACAUAAAUUACGUGAAUUACGCAUAGCUAGCGAAGCAUUAUACAUCCCUGUUAACCAUGAUAUCAGUUUAUUAGUAAACCGAGACGGGCCACCAAGACCGGGUGAUAAUACAGAUUCAAAAUUAUUACAAAUCAUCAACUUAACUGCCGUAGGCAUAAAACGUCUCAUUAAAAUGGCUAAAAAGCUCAGUGCUUUUCGUGAUAUGUGCCAAGAAGAUCAAGUGGCAUUGCUUAAAGGUGGCUGCACCGAGAUGAUGCUUAUGCGUUCUGUGGUUACUUACGAUUAUGAUCGUCACACGUGGAUGAUUCCACAUGUAAAAGAAAGUAUGGCUAACAUUCAUGCUGAUGUCUUAAAGCUGGCAAAUGACAAUUUAUAUGAGGAACACUUAAAUUUUCUACGGAGCUUUGACGUAAAGUGGCGUAACGAUGAUAAUAUUAUGUUGAUCAUCCUAGCCAUUGUAUUAUUUACGCCAACUCGUGACCGUGUCAUACAUUCCGAUGUGAUUAGAUUGGAACAAAAUUCCUACUAUUAUCUUCUGCGAAGAUAUUUAGAAAGCAUUUAUCCUGGCUGCGAAGCUAAAUCAAAUUUUAUAAAAUUAGUACAGAAAAUAUCGGACGUUGAUCGUCUGAAUCAAAAUGUUAUUGGUGUCUAUUUAAAUGUAAAUCCAGUUAGAGUCGAACCCUUAUUACGCGAAAUUUUCGAUCUUAAAGCCUUCAAUUAAUUGAUGUACCUAUUAAUUUAAGUAUGGAAUGUAUUUUUGUAUAGUUGUACUUUAUGUUUUGAAUGUGAAAGUAGUCUUUAAAAGGCAAACGCUAUUCAAAACAUUGGUAUAUUGUAGUUAAAGAUUUUUAACUUUAAAUUCAAGCACACUUAGGCAAAUCAUUAAUUUAAGUAUGCAUGCGUUAGAAUCACUUUGCAAAUAUGGCAUAUGUUUUUAAGAAAGGCACUUAAUUUCACUUGAUUUCACAAGAAAAUUAAUAUUUCAAUCUAAAUAGAUUAAAUAAAUGAAGUCAUCACAAGAGAUCUGUGAUGGGCGAAAAUAAACGUAAAGUUGAUUUUUGCAAACCUUAUUGCUAAAAGACUAAAUUUCUUAAAAAUAUCCUUGUAGAUGCAAAAGUUGUCUUUGUUUUUAGAAAAAUCUAAAGCAACUACUUAUAGAAAAUUAUAAAAAAAUAUUUCUACAGCAUAAAACUGACUCUGUGGUGUAAGUCUUAGGUCCAGUAAUGUAUAGCGAAAUUUAUCGUUCCUGAACAAUGUUGUAUUCUAUAAUGACCGAAAUUGAGAACAUCUCAUUAUUUUUUCUAUUCGUAGAAACUUUUUAUGUUUUCAAUAAUUCUAUGCAAAAUAUGCUGUUUUUCCCGGUAAUCAUGGUAAUAUAUUUGACUUCGGUUAUCUCACAUUAAAGAGUAUCUAUACUUAGACUUUCUUGUAUAUAAGGCCCAAACUGAUGGUUCAGACAUAUUUUUUUUAAAAUAUACUUUAUAUAUAGCGAAUUUCUCUGAAAUCUGUUUCUGCUAUUUUCAUAGUUGGCAAUUUGUUACUGUUUAGUGGCUUUUCUCAAUGAAAUGUAUUAUGCUAUGUUUUUAGCCAUCCGUUCAAGUUGUAAUAUGGUAGCUAUUAUCUGAAUCAUGUCUUUAUAAACAAAUUUAGUUGUCAAAUCAAAAACUGUCAAUACGCGAAUAAGCAUUAAAUAGUCGGUAAAACCAACCUAUUUUUGGCUCUUACAUUGCCAAACAAUUUUUUAAAUAGAUUCCACACGGCAGCCGCUGACAUGGUGCUCUAUUAAAAAGCUCAAGAACAAUUGACACAGAACUUAUAUUAGCAUAAUAUGUUAGGAUAAUAUAGAAUGGUGACUUUGUGUACUAAAGCUCAAACUCUAGAUAUUCUCAUCCAAUAUAACACACUGAUGAAAAUCAAUUUUAUAAAGCUAAUCAGAACCUACCAUUCAGAAACAAAAAAAAAAAAUAUUUAAGGUUUAGAAUAACUGUAAUAUUCAGGAACCUUAUAUCCUUCUUUCUCGUUUAAUUUUGAAAACUAUUAGCAGUUCAAGAGUUUUAGUAGUUGAUGAACUUCAUUUUUAAAUUUACAAAAAAAUAAAAUAAAAAAAAAUCGGUUUCCUUUCCAGCAUAUGAUCUA